UUAUAGCUGUAAACACAUGAGUUUAGUAUUUGGGAUAGAGAGACUGCAGAACAGCGCCUCAUUUCACAGCUAAAUAAACGUUUUACACUUAUUAUUUUGUACAUAAUUUAUGUGCUGCCAAUUAUUAAUACUAGUGAGCUUGAUAGGUGCUGCUCCAUCUAUCCACUGUAAACCAACCAGAUUACUCGUUGACUGUCAGUCAGUUGAGCGCACGUUGCAGUGACAGUUUAGAAGCCAAAUACUGAUUCAUUAUUAUUUCUGACACUCGUUUCUGAAACAUUAGCCGCCUCUGUUUUCGUGCACGAUUUUGGGAUGUUGCGACGUCCCAAGCCCUCAGACUCAGAGGCGGAUUUGCUCCGUGAACAGCAGGAGUUUCUGGCGGCGGGCAGUCAGCCUAAUGUCACUGUUGUCAAGCGUCCUGAUAAACGCAGAGGAGACGCUGCUGCAGCUGAGCAGGGAAAUCAGAGAGAUGUUGUCACUAUAGCAGAUCUCCCAGAUGAGAUUCCCACCCUGACACCUGCACCCCCAAAGAAGUCUCGUUUCAAGCAGGAGCAGCGAGUGCAUUUUGAGGAUGAUGACCCAGAAGAGCAACUGGACAGGCAUGAUACUCACAUCAGUGCUGUCCUUUCCAGGAUCAUUGAGAGGGACACAAGUGCUGUGCCUUUGUCACUACCAUGCAUCACGGGCACUCCUUUCCCCAAAGUCCUACAUCGAUCUGUAGUGGAUAGUGAGGGGCAGGUAAGAGCACCUAGAGGCAGAAAAAGUAUUUUUGCACGCCAGAUUGCAGCACAAAUGGCUAAGAAGGAUGAUGCAUCAUUUUUAAAUGGUUCAGAGCCUAAAGAUCGUGGAUCCUCAAAUUUGGCCUCCUCACCAUUGGGGAGCAUGGAGACUGAGCAACCUAAAUCAGAUGCUAUCAAGACUGUUGCUGGCCCCUUGCUAGUGUCAGGUCAAGGACUUGGAAUUGCAAACAGUGCCAUGGAGACAGUGAAAAUCUACCAGGAGAAUCAGGCAAAGCUGCAGGUGAUGUCCCAGAGUGAGAUACUGGAAGAACAGAGGAAGCUGCUGGCCCAGCUAGACCCUAGACUAGUGGACUUUGUGAGAUCUCGGAAGGCAGAGAAAAGCCCAGCCUCUGAGUCAGCAUCCGGUUCUGGGCAAAGAGAAGUCUCCCUGAAUGAACCUCCACCUAAGAGCACUACUCCAGAGUUAGACCACACAAUAAAAGCUCAGGAAUCUCAGGGGGUUACCAUGGAGGAAGAUGAAUCAAAUGAGCCUGCAGUCCAACCUGCAGUCACAGUGGAUGAGCUGCCCAUCAAGCUGCAGAAGGAGUGGCUUCACAUGGACAAGGUGGAGCCAGAAAAACUGGAAUGGACAAGAGACCUGCCUCCACCAAUGAGGCAGAGCACCAAAAAGGCUAUGCAAGCCCGUUUUGACUUUACUGGCACUCUCAUCCCACCAACCAAAGACUUGCCCACCCAUCUAGGCCUGCAUCACCAUGGAGAGGAGCCAGAGCUGGCUGGCUACUCACUGCAGGAAUUGUUCCUCUUGUCCCGCAGUCAGCUGAACCAACAACGGAAUCUGGCCGUCAGCACUCUUGCUAACAUCCUGACGAAAGCCCGUGCCGGUGAGUACACGUCCUCUCUGAAGGGCAGCGUUGUGUCCUCUUUACUGGACGCAGGACUCCUCUUCCUUCUGCGUUUCUCCCUGGAUGACAGUGUGAAGGGAGUCAUGUCAGCAGCUGUGCAUGCAUUACAAGCUCUGCUGGUUUCAUCUGAGGAUGAAGAGUGCUUAGACAACACUUUCCCUUGGCUGCUUGGGAUGGCCACCUUUCCUUUGCUGCCCACAGCUCAGGAGAAUGAAGAUGAAGAUGAUGAAGGCCUGGAUGAGUGCAUGAAAGAGACAGCUAUAGAGAAAGAAGAAAAGCAGGCAGAUCAUGAUGUUGCUAGGCAGGAUGUUGUCAAGGGCUUUCUAAAGAUGCAGGGUCUUUCUCGGCUGCGCUACAUUCUGGAGGUUGUGCGACCCUCUCCACGGGUUGUUCUUGAUACUCUCGAGGUUCUGAUCCGAAUUGCUCGUCACUCGUCCGCAGCAGCUAUACAGAUCUUGGACUGCCCACGGCUGAUGGACACGGUGAUUUCUGAGUUUCUGCCAUGCUCAUGGGCUCCUCCCUCUUCACAGAUUCCGUCGUCUCUGUAUGGUCUGCCUGUUGCCUUGGCAAUGAAGCUGCUUCGAGUUUUAGCAAGUGCUGGGAGGCAUGCUUGUGCAAGAAUACUGAAUUCUCUUGGAGGAAAGGAGCUUUUGUCACGUUUUGUUGUUGCGGAACCAUCAGAGAUGUUGCUGGAAGCAGGUGAAGCACUUCGCUGCAGUACCGAGGCACUGAGGCUGUUCGCAGUGGCUGCAAGCUACGGACAGGCCUGCAGUCUGUAUACAGACUUUUAUCCUGUCUUGGUGAAGAGGUUGCAGGCUGGGAGCUGGCUUUGUGCUUCCUCGGAGGCUGUGCUAUCUCUGGAGCUGGAAAGAGUAAGAGCUCUGCUGGUGCUGCUGACUUGGGUCACUCAAACGGCAGGCUGCCAUGAAGAGCUGCAGAGAGGCCUGGUCAGUUCUCAGGGUACAGAGUGCCCUCCACCUGCUCCUGUUACAUGGAGUCAUGUGAGCGGUCUGAAGCCCACUGUCAUUGGCUUACUCAAGGGCUGUGUGAGAGCUCUUGAUGACCCAGGACGAAUGUCAAGUGCACUUAUCCUGCUUCCAUCCUACCUGCUCUAUAUGGAGACAUAUUAUUCACAGCUCAGUGUGCAGAGUUCUUUUCAGCCAGUACAGUGUCUACAGGAACUGGAGUCAUUAACUUCAGAGGUGCUUCUGCCGCUGAUAUCACAUCAGGCCAUGAUGAAUAUGAUCAGCAGCUUCAGAUCUAGUUCUGUGAUCUGUAACCCUGGGCUUAGUGCUACUGGUUGGGAGGUUGUGCCCAGUUUGCCAGGACUUGGCUGCUCAAAGCUAAAGACUACCAGCACUCUGGCAGGACCCAACUCCCUUCUGUUUCUCCCUACUGCCCUCCUAAACCUGCUGAACACCAUCACCUCCAUCCACAAAGGCCUAACUAAGAGGUUCAGCUCUCUGCUCCUUUCUGACUCUGUGCUGUGUUAUCUGCGGGCUUGUAUCGGAGCUAUGCCCUCUGUUUCUCACACAAGCGCCUGGAUUCUUCGCCAUGAGCACCACCUGCUGUAUCUGUUACUCAGACUCGCUCACAAGCUGGUCCCAGUUAACCCAGAGGUUGCCAAAAACGCCUCCUUGUUCCACCUAGUAUCCUUGGCUUUAGUGUCCUGGUUGCUUCCUGGCUGUGAAUACCUGGCACAUGAACUCAUGUCCACCAUGAUCUUUAGCCACAGCCUCCUUCCUGAGGGUGGUAGUGGUGAACCAGAUGUUACUGCAUUGGCUGAGCUGCAACUUAAGGAGAAGACUUCACCUAGCAUUGGUUCUCUCCUCCACAAUGCUCUUCUUCACUUACCCUCCAUCCGAGGUUGCUACCUCACCCAUCUUGCACACAUGGAACCUGCUGUCCUUGUAUCCCGUGACCGGUACCUCGGCCGAACUCUUUUUGUCAGUUCUCAUUUCCUACCUGAGCUUACUGGUCCCUCUUUGCCAUCUGAUUGGCCCUUCUUACCACUCAUCAGCCUGUAUGAGCAAAUGAGAUUGUCGGGUGGCGAGGGACAGCAGGUUGAGUCUCUCCCAGCUGGAUUAGUGCAGUCAGCCACUCACUGCCUUCAAUGGGUCCUUGUUCUGGAAAGCUGGAGGGAGCAGGUGCUUCAGGUAGUGCCACCAGCUGCUAAGUUAGCCCGGCUGGCCUGUGUCUUCCUGUGUUCCAGUGACCUUUUCCUUGAACGGCCCGUGCAAGAGCUUACCUGGGCAAUGUUUCGCAGGCUGACACGGCCGGCCCAGCUGGAGGCGCUGGAUCUAGUCUCACCUCCACCAGGCUUGGCGUCCUUUCAUGACCUGUAUUCGGCUCUGCUGUCCCAGUAUGAGGCGGUGUCAUUUGGUGACCCACUCUUUGGCUGCUUCAUGCUGCUGCCUCUACAGCGAUGCUACAGUGUCACCAUGAGGCUGGCUGUGUUUGGGGAACAUGUGGGGAUGCUGCGAUCACUGGGGGUCUCACUGCAGCAGCUGCCCAUUCCGCUGGAGAAGUUCACAUCCCCAAUGGAGGACUCCCUACCUCUGUUGUGGCUGUACUUUCGGGCACUAGUUACUGGAGCUCUGAAGAGGAACUGGUGUCCUGUGCUGUAUGUUGUGGCUGUUGCCCACCUCAAUGCAUUCAUCUUCUCUCAGGAUGCCGUGGCAGAGGAGGUUGAUGCUGCACGUCGCAGCAUGCUAAGAAAGACCUACUACCUGACAGAUGAGGUGUUAAAGAACCACCUGCUUCUUUUCCGGCUGCCCCAGCAGGAUGCCGAGCUAGGCUUCAGCACCUAUGAACAGCUGCCCCCAAUCCGUGCACGCAGGUUGGAAAGCGUUGUGGGAACAGAGGAGAAAGAGGAACAGAGGUGAAGAGUAAAAACCUUAUGGUCCCAGAUGUACUAGAAGCUCUUCUCCUGGCCUGGGGGAUCUAAACAACAUGGUCAAAAGUAUGUGGACACCCCCUUCUAACUAAAGGGUUUGGCUAUUCAAGUAAUUUUAUGUGGGCAAAUCUAAAUGCUACACCAUCUAAUGACUUUAGAGAAUUGUGUGCAUCCCAAAUAAAUUAGAGAAAGUUGUUUUUGCAUCCCAAAAGGAGUUCACUUGGGUUUGUUUUCACCCGAGUUAUUGAAAAAGCCAAACCUGUUCAUUAGAAGAGUGUGUCCAUGUACAUUUGGCUAUAUAGUGAGUGAACUAUCCAUGUCUCUUAAGUCAUUUAUGGCCUUUAAGAGCCAAGCACAGAAUUUGAAAUAAACUUUUUGUAUGUGUA